AUGGCAAUUCAUGGUGCAAAUAGAGAGGGAAAGCUUACAGCAACGGUAGUAUGCUGGAUUCUAGGAAAUGGAUGUCUUUUCCCAUGGUAUAGUAUGGUAACAUCUUUUGAUUACUUCGGCGAUAUUUUCCCGAAAUACCAUCCUGGGAGGAUUCUCCCACUGGUUUGUCAACCUUUUGCACUUGGAACUUUUGCAAUUUUAACAUAUAACGUGGCGAAGAUAAACACAAGAAGAAGGAACCUACUUGGUUAUUUCAUUUUUUUCAUAGGAUCCUUGAUGGUUCCGGUUUUGGACAUAGCUACAUCAGGGGAAGGGGGUAUUGGAACCUAUAUUGGUGUUUGUUUGAUUAGCAGCGCUUAUGGAGUUGCUAAUGCACUUGUUGAAGGUGGACUGGUCGGAGACCUUUCGUUGAUGUGCCCUGAGUUUAUGCAAUCCUUCUUGGUAGGUUUGUCUUUUGCUGGUGCUCUAACUUCUGCAUUGAGAUUAAUAACAAAAGUAGCUUUUGAAAAUUCAAAAAAUGGUCUUCGCAAGGGAGCUAUGAUGUUCUUCGCAAUCUCUGUAUUGUUUGAGCUACUAUGCUUACUUCUUUAUGCGUAUAUCUUCCCAAAACUGCCUAUUGUUAAGUACUACCGUGCGAAAGCAGCUUCGGAAGGAUCUAAAACUGUUUCCGCUGAUCUUGUCGCGGGUGGUAUACAAACACUUCCAAGCAACCAAAACUUAACUCCUACAUUGGAACGUUGGCAGGCUGCAGAAGAGGAUCUGAAGUAUAUGGACCGCCUAAGCAACAAAGAGUUGUUUGUUCAAAACAUGGACUUCGCAAUUACAGUGUUGCUUAUAUAUGUAUUGUCAUUCUCCAUUUUUCCCGGGUUUUUAUCCGAAGAUACUGGAAAACACGGCUUGGGCACUUGGUACGGGAUUGUUUUGAUUGCGACAUUUAACAUAUGGGAUCUUAUUGGUACUUACAUUCCGUUGAUCGAGUGCUUGAAGUUGAGAUCGCGGAAGGGUCUCCUCAUUACGUCUCUUUCUCGCUUUUUACUUAUUCCAUGUUUUUACUUCACGGUGAAACUUGGUGACCAAGGCUGGAUGAUCAUGCUGACUUCCAUUUUAGGAUUAACCAGUGGGUACCUCACUGUCCGUGUUCUAACUGUGGCGCCGAAAGGCUACAAGGGUCCGGAACAAAAUGCACUUGGGAAUUUUCUUGUACUAUUUCUCGCCAUGGGUAUAUUUGUAGGGGUAACCCUUGAUUGGUUAUGGCUCAUUGGUAAAGGAUGGUGAAUAUUGUAUAAAAUUUCAUUAGACGAAGAAAAUCAUUGUAUAUGUAAGUUUAAUCCUUAUCAAGAGUCAA